CUUUCGUUUGAUAUCUCUUUUGUUUAUAGUGAAAACAGAGUUGGUUUUGAUGUUUUUUAAUUGCAUUUCGUUGGAGAUUAACCUGUUCUGUUCUGUUUUUUUAUUACACCUGAAAUGUACAGAGUUGAGCAUGAGUUUUUGUGAAUACAUGACUUUGAUAAUUCUGGUGUGAAUACCGCUGCUGUAGAUCUAUUUAUUUUAAGCAAUAUCGCUUAUGAAAGAGUUAUCGGAGAUUAUGAAAAUAAAAAUAAAAAUAAAAUUAUUUAAAAAAUAAAAAUUAAUCAAAGAAAUGCAAAUAAUAAAAAAUAAUAAAAUUUUAUUAUUAUAGAUAAUGUGAUGGGUAAUCCAAUAUAGACUUCAAGUUUUGAGUGAUUAGCUAAAAGCAAAAAAGUUACAUAUUCUUCAAAUUUUGAAGAUUGAGAUGAUCAAUCCAAUGCCAAUGCUUAAGAAGCCUAUAAAUUCACAAAUAAGAGGUCAUGGUUCACAAAGAAUGCAUUUGGUUCUUGUAAUUUUAGAUUUCGGACGAAUUUGGUUGGUUAGUUGCCACAAAAAGUGACUGCAGUCGUUUUCACUUAAAAAGUGUACAUGGGUGGGAGUAUUGUGACAUUGUCCAUAACCAUAAGAUAAUCUCCCAUGACGCUUUUCUUCCUUAACUGAGCUCGUAGAUUCCAAAGUACUUAUCUGGUUCAGACGAUGGUGCACUUUUGAUCUGUCUUCCAUGGAUUAUGAGGAGAUGACUAAUAAUAAUGAUGAUGCGGAGAAUCCAGGAGCUGGUGCAAACCAGAGAGGUCCAGAAGCUGCUACUCCCUCUGGUGAAAUACAAACAAUCUGGUAUGGUGGCUUACUCAAGCAAGUCUCCGUAUAUGGUAUAGCUGCUGGGUACUGCUUAUCUGCAUCUUUGCUUUCCAUCAUCAACAAAUGGGCGGUCAUGAAAUUUCCUUAUCCUGGGGCCUUAACUGCUUUACAGUACUUCACAAGCGCAGCCGGGGUCCUCAUUUGUGGCUGGGCUAAGUUCAUUGAGCAUGACAGGCUUGAACUUUUGACCAUGUGGCGCUUCAUGCCUGCAGCAAUUAUAUUCUACCUUUCUCUCUUCACCAACAGUGAGCUGCUUCUCCAUGCCAAUGUUGACACUUUCAUUGUCUUCCGUUCAGCAGUUCCCAUAUUUGUUGCAAUAGGAGAGACCCUCUUCUUGCACCAGCCAUGGCCAUCAUUUAGAACGUGGAUCUCACUUGCCACUAUUUUUGGAGGAAGUGUGCUUUAUGUUCUAACAGAUUACCAGUUCACAUUCAUGGCUUAUAGCUGGGCUCUAGCUUACCUGGUAAGCAUGUCCAUAGAUUUUGUGUACAUAAAGCAUGUAGUCAUGACCAUUGGUUUGAAUACAUGGGGUCUUGUGCUGUACAACAAUCUUGAGGCUCUGAUACUGUUUCCUUUGGAGCUGCUUAUAAUGGGUGAAUUGAAAAAGAUAAAGCAUGACAUCACGGAUGAGUCAGAUUGGUACUCUUUCCAGGUGGUUUUGCCGGUGGGGUUAUCUUGCUUGUUUGGUUUAUCCAUCUCUUUCUUUGGAUUUUCCUGCCGGAGGGCCAUUUCAGCAACAGGAUUUACUGUUCUUGGGAUAGUAAACAAGCUAUUAACGGUUGUGAUUAAUUUGGUUGUUUGGGACAUGCAUUCGACAUUUGUGGGAACAAUGGGGCUUUUAAUUUGUAUGCUUGGUGGGGUUAUGUAUCAGCAAUCUACGAGCAAAAAGCCUAAAGAUGUAAAAGAAGUAAAUGCACGAGAGACUGAUGAGGAUCAACAAAAGUUGCUAGAAAUGCAACGCAACACAGAAGGCAAUGGCAAUCAGAAGGAAGUUGCAGAAUCAGAAGUGGGAAAAUGAAAGGGCUUAUGUUAAGUACUAUCAUUUUAUUCUUAUUGCUGCAAAAUUUAUUUCUUAGGUCCAGCCUUAAUGAUCGGCCAAUUCUUGGAGGUGGGGACUUCAUCUGCUCUACCUUGACAAUUUAUUUAUGAAAAAUAUACUACUCCCCGAAAUGCAGUUUUAAGGAUGGACUCAGACAUGACUGACUGGGUUGAAAUGGCUCUUUGUUUCAUCUCAAUUCUCAAUUCAUUUUCAUCUCUACGGAAGUUGAUUAUUAUUGUGGACCUGUUCGGCAAACAUCAAUUUGACCUUUGGAAACCUGGUAAAAAAUGUACUAUUUUGAAUUCUUGUCAUUGUAGUUGUUUUAAAACUUCCCACUGAUCCACAUGGUCCAUGUAUUAGUGCCUUUGAUCUUGGUAUUGAUACAUUCCAUAAGGCAUGCAUCAGAUAGAGUGAACAUAUACAAUGAUUGGUUAAAUUUCUCAUGGAUUGAAAGGCCUGGUUUUUCCAUUCA